CAUUCGGGAAAACUUUGCCAUCAAUUUAAUAUCAUCGGCUUGGAAAGUUCGAUGAUAAUUUUCACGGCAGUCAUGAUGAAGAUUUCGAUUGUGGCCCUCGUGGCUGUGCUCCUCUCUCAGCAGGUUUUCGCCUCUGACCUAUUUGGUGACGCUUUGGCAAGGUCACGUCGGGCGGCCCAACCAAAAUCAUGCUCAUGGAAUUCAAUCAGUAAAUCAUUCUCUUGUUGCACUUUGCCUGAUGCAAUUCCGGAGGCGGAAAAGAGCAGUUGUCUUUCGGUCUUGAAGAAAAAGACUAAAAAAGGCAAAGAUGGCAAGAGGAUUCCAGGAAUGUCUUUUGCUUGCGUGUUGGAUUGUUUCUUGGGAAAUCGCUCGAUGCUGUCGAGCGACGGUUACGCCAACCUGGAGGCACUCGAGAAUCUGUUCAUGGAGAAGGCGGACAAAGUUUGGCAACCAAUAAUCACCGAGGCGUUCGCAAAUUGCACCGCCAGGCAAAAGACUGCAAAAAUCACAACCGAGGGCGAGUGUAAAAUGUCAAACCUGCAUUACGCUUUUUGCCUUUACCAAUUCGCUUUGACAGAAUGCCCGUCAACGCCAAAAAUGAACAGCAAAGACACAAAAAAAUGUCAGAAAAUGCUUAAGGAUGUGGCGUCGUGCGACCCGUGGGAGCCGCUGGUAGACCCAUCGGACAAGCAAAGUGAACAAAAGGCCGAGUCGGCCAAGCAGAAUAAAAAGAAUUGAAUUCUUCUUCGGAAAAUUCAUUAAUGUUUUUGUCUUUUGUCGGUUGCAACAUGUAUUGCAAAAUAAAAUUUGAUUGAUUUGAACAGCA